UAUCGAUAGUGCCAUGGAAGUUUUCCGUCUCUACUCCUAUUCCUUGAUUUGCCCAUUUCCAUAGUGAAUCACAUCAACAAAUCAAAAAAUUUCAACUUUUUGCGGUUUAUGUGAAGAUUAGAUGCUAAUUUUGUUAAACGAUGGAGGAAGACAAAGUUGCUUUGAAGAGCCAACUAGUCACAAAAUUAAAUUGGACCCUGGAGGGUGAUCCUGUGAAUGCGAAGUCUGCGAGCUUAGAGGCAAUAGUAGACAGUGCGAUACCCGCAGGCCACUUGGUAAACAAAAACACAGAAGAAACUCAUGCAGUUAACGAACUAAAGAUUAAGCAGGAAGAUAACGAGGGAAAUACAGAGCACGGUAUUGAAAAUGAAGUAAGAUCUGCGAGCGUUGAUCACAAUGAGAUAGGGGAAUACAAUGGAUCGAUUAGUGAAAAUGAAUAUAAUUUUCAACGAGGCAUUGAUUCAGUGCAUGCCAAUAAUGGAACAAGCAUUGAAAUUAGAGACGAUAAUGUACCAAAUGAAUAUUUUGUGAUAAGUGAGAUUGAUUUGGGCGAAGAAGCGAAUUAUUACUUUGAUCCUACGAAGAGAAAAAGAAUAAAAAAGUCAACAGCUCUGAAAUAUAUUGACCAGUUACAACAAUAUGCGCUGCAGAAUGGUUUAACAGAGGUCUACGACAAGCUGAGUGAAAUUGAGUUGUUAAUAAAGCUAACUAGUCCGAAAAGUUUUACAGAACGGCGCACAGCAAUUAAUGAAAAUAAAAAUCAGCGUAGUCAACAGGAAAUUGUCUUCAAUGAACGUUAUACAGACAAAACGGAUUCAUAUUCUCACUUGGCACAAUCAACCAACUCUUCUGUUUUGACGACAGUUAGUCCAGUGGUAUAUGCCUCCAAUAGUGGCCCAGAAUUCGUCAGGGAAAAUCAAAAUAAUACAAGUAAUGCAGAUUUUAACAGAGAAAAUACGAGUUUAAUAAGGAAGAAAACUAAUGCUGAGCGAAUGAGAGAAUACAGAGAAAGGAAAAAACAGCGCCGGCUACUGGAGUUACACCUUAAUGGCAAUACAGAUAUUGUAAAAUUAAAAAAGACUCCCGCCGAGCGAAUGAGGGAAUACAGGGCGCGAAAAAAGCUCCUUGCACAACAAGCCUUCCUCUGCGCCUCUGUGUCAUAUUCAAAAACUGAUCUUACUUCGGGACAUUGUGGGUUAUUUAAAUUUAAAAAGGAUUCAAAUUCAAUUAACGCCAGUGUCGUAAAUGAGGAUGUUGCUGAGGUAUAUGACCUCAGCGAUUCGGAUGGGAGCGUAACUCUUUGUGGAAAUGAACAUAUUUCUCAAGAUUUCCCUCAUAUAGAUGACCCUAUCGCCGUGAAUGAAAGUGCGUAUUUGUGUGAAGCCAGCUUAUCGGACAUUGGCGAAAAACUAUGUAAAACUAAAAAUACGUCAAAAGAUUCCCCCGAUGCGAGGUUGAACACGCUCGACGGCAUUACAGUACAGGAAAGCAAUACGCAAAAUGUAGAAAGUGAGCAAGAUUAUGGUACGGUACUUUCGGAAGAAGACCAAAGCACUUGUGAAUUAUUAACGCCAUUAAUUGAGCAAGGCUUGAGAAGAGAAAAAACACCGGAGGGCAAAUCAACGGAACACGUACGUCGUUUUAAGGAAAAGAAGCCAAUAAAAAAUGUUAGAUCUUCGUCAGCGAACGAACUGAGUAAGGAUGAAAAACGUAGACAGCGAUGUGCGGAACGCGUUCGACGUUUUAGAGAAAGGAAAAAACUUGAAAAACUAUCGGCCAUGGGCAAUCUAUAACGCAACUAUCUCAUAUAAAACAAAAGUUGAAAUUUGUUUCAUUAACAUUAAGCAUCAAUAAUUUUAGCUGAGGAAAUUUCCUUUAAUUUUGAAUAAUGUUCACCAACCAUUGAUUAGGCUAGUAACCAAGUUGUAUAUAUAAUUUAAAAAAAAUUUUUAUUAAUAGUACAUAUAUUUUUUCUUUCACUUGUAUUUACUACAUACAUACAUACAUACAUAUGGACAUUUAUACCUAAGAAAAACCGCAUUAACGAAAAACAGAUUUGAUUCAACACAUAUUUAUUCCUAAUGUUUAUUCUUCAGUCUUCAUAGCGCACUCGAUUAAACCGUAUUGAAAGGUAAACAAACUCCGUUAGUUUUAUUCGAUAUCUAUUUAAUAAUAAAUUUUCGCCGUGGACCGAAAUAGAAGCGAACAGUGAGUCAAUACACUUUUCGAUUUCAACGCGUAUUUAAAUUUUGUUUAUGCAUCUGUUUUGAAUCGCACCGAACUGAGUCACAGCGCUUUAUGUAUCGGUAUAAACAAGGUAACAGUUUUCUUUACUAAGUAUAAAAA